AAGCUUUUCUUCAACAAAGAAAAUAGGGUAAAGAAUGAACCAGUCUUCCCCUCAGCGAUUGCCAUUAACUGCAGAAGCAAUACGAACGAAAUGGCUUAAAUCUCUUUGUUUUUCCCUGUAAACAGAAAAUGUCACACGACAGACACGCUUCGUCUACAACCAUAACCCCCGAAGAAAGUAGUUUGUUUGUUGACAUUCUGCACGAAGCUCCUUUAUAUGGUCAUAGGAAGCCUACGAGAAUCCUUGGGAGUAUUUUAUACUGCAUCCUAUUGUCAGGUUAUGCUAUCGUUGCUAUAGCAGCUCCGUGGAUAUUUCUCCCCAUACGAAGAUUGAUUCCACCAUUGCUUUGCAGUUGCAAUGCUGUUCUUUUGAUAAUUACAGGCAUUUUUCAACAAUAUCUGGUUUACCAAGUCCAGAAAGUGCGCUUGCAGGGUUACUAUGUUUUCAGCCAGAAGUUGAAGCACAUUAUUCGUCUUCCUUUUGCCACUGUUUCUUAUGGAACUGCUGCAAUGCUACUUGUGAUGGUGUGGGAACCCCACAUCAGUAUCCUUUCUCCUUCUGUAGUGCUGAGGAUUAUAAUGUUUGUUGAAGUCAUAUGUGCUGGAUCUUUUAUAAGUAUCUAUAUCGGGAAUGUACAUCAGUACAACUCAUUGAACUCUCAGCCCGAUGUUUUGAAGUCGUUAUAUUCUGCACUUCAACCAUCAAGCUCUUUGGAAGAAUUAAGGUAUCAUGAUGGUGGCCGACUCUCUGAUCAGCAAAUGGCUUUGUUGCAGUAUCAGCGGGAAAAUCUCCAUUACUUGAGUGAGGAGAUUCUUCGAUUACAAGAAUGCUUGAUCAAAUAUGAGCGCUCUGAUGAUGGAAGCACACCUCAGGUUGAUCUCGUCCAUCUUUUAGCAGCUCGUGAUCAAGAAUUACGUGCCUUAUCUGCUGAGAUGAAUCAACUUCAGUCAGAGCUACGCCUUGCUCGUAAUUUGAUUGCUGAACGUGAUUCUGAGAUCCAGCGGAUUCGCACAACCAAUAAUCAGUAUGUUGAAGAGAAUGAAAGACUGAGAGCUAUAUUAGGGGAAUGGAGUGCUCGUGCUGCAAAGAUGGUAAAGCUAAUCUACUUGUACAUGAAUGGAUCAAAGCUUGAACGGGCUUUGGAGACAGAAAAGAUGUCAAAUUUAGAACUGCAACAGAAGAUAUCGAAGCUGAGAAACCAACCAGCGGAAUCAAGUAAAGACCGUGGAACUUGAUUUCUUACAUUUGACCUUCAAAGCUGAUGCAUUUAUUGCCUCUGUACAAUUCUCUAUGUUCCUCCUUUUCUUUUUGUUCCUGCCAUUUUUUUUUUCUUACUUUUACAGAGCAGUAGAAUAUCAAAUGUACAGUUAGCUUUUGGUUGUAGGUGCAUUUUGUUUGAAAAAAAGAUCAGUGAAGAG